UCCAGGCUCAGAGCCGGAGGAAGCAGGACGGGUCAGCUCCAGCCCAGGCACCAGCUCUGGGAUCACUGGGCACCGCAGCGGAGCGCACCUCCACGCCCCAGGCCCGGCCUUCCCCGGGUGGGUGGUUGAGCAGAUCAGUCGCUCCCCAAUUAAUAUCCUGGAGUCUGGCUCAUCCUGGGACUGAUAACGUAUCCGGCAGCCCUGCUCUCUGCGCCAGAGCCCGUUCGGACCAAGCGGCCGCCGAGGGGAUGGAUUAUUCGUACGACGAGGACCUGGACGAGCUGUGCCCGGUGUGCGGGGACAAGGUGUCCGGAUACCACUAUGGGCUGCUCACCUGCGAGAGCUGCAAGGGCUUCUUCAAGCGCACGGUGCAGAACAGCAAACACUACACGUGCACCGAGAACCAAAGCUGCCAGAUCGACAAGACUCAGCGCAAACGCUGCCCUUUCUGCCGCUUCCAGAAGUGCCUGGCCGUGGGUAUGCGACUGGAAGCCGUGCGUGCAGACCGUAUGAGAGGUGGGAGAAACAAGUUUGGCCCCAUGUAUAAGCGGGAUCGUGCCUUAAAGCAGCAGAAGAAAGCCUUGAUUCGAGCCAACGGCUUCAAGUUGGAAACUGUUCCCCCGAUCGUGUCCCCCGCGCCCACGGACUACCCCCUGCCCACCUCCAUCCACUCUGGCAUCAAAGGCCUGCCCCCCACCCCCUCCGCCAUGCCCCCCACCGACUAUGACAGGAGUCCUUAUGGGACACCCUCCCUGGGCAUGGGGGUGCCGGGCCCUGGGGCGCUCUCUGGCUACCUCUACCCCUCCUUUCCUGGCCGCACCAUCAAGUCAGAGUACCCGGACCACUACACGAGCCCCCCCGAGCCGGGGCCUGGUUACGGCUACCCAGACCCCUACUCCGGCAGCGGCCCGCCCAACAUCCCCGAGCUCAUCCUCAAGUUGCUACAGCUGGAGCCAGACGAGCUGCAGGUCAAGGCACGGAUCCUGAGCUGCCUGCAGGAGCAGAGCAAGGGACGAUCAGAGAAGCCCAGCCCCUUUGGGCUCAUGUGCAAGAUGGCCGACCAGACCCUCUUCUCCAUCGUGGAGUGGGCCCGCAGCUGCGUCUUUUUCAAGGAGCUCGAGGUGGCUGACCAGAUGAAGCUGCUUCAGAACUGCUGGAGCGAGCUGCUCGUCUUUGACCACAUCUACCGCCAGAUUCAGCACAGGAAGGAGAGCACCCUGUUGCUGGUGACCGGCCAGGAGGUUGACCUGGCCACGGUGGCCGCUCAGGCCGGGGCCCUCCUCAACAGCCUGGUCCUCAGGGCGCAGGAGCUGGUCCUGCAACUGCACUCGCUCCAGGUCGACCGCCAGGAGUUCGUCUGCCUCAAGUUCCUCAUCCUCUUCAGCCUGGAUGUGAAGUUCCUGGAGAACCACAGCCUAGCGAAGGAUGCGCAGGAAAAAGCCCACGCAGCCCUGCUUGACUACACCCUGGGCCACUACCCGCACUGCGGGGACAAAGUCCGGCAGUUGCUGCUGCGCCUGGCAGAGGUGCGGGCCCUGAGCAUGCAGGCUGAGGAGUACCUGUACCACAAGCACCUGGGCGGGGAGGUGCCUUGCAACAACCUGCUCCUCGAGAUGCUCCACGCCAAGCGGACUUGAGCCCCGGCCCCGGCCCCGGCCCCGGCCCACUGGGGGGACACCACCAGUCCCCCCCGCCUGUUUCCCUGGCUACCCCAGCUGACUUCUCUUCUUAUACGACACCGAUGGGGAUCCCAACCUUCCUCGUUGCAAAUCCUUGGACUUGCCCCCUCCAGGGCGCCCCCGUCCCUGCCGACAGUGCCGGGCCUCCCCCCUGGCCUAGACUGUGGGGGAGGAAGAGGAGCCCGCUAGGUCUCUGCACAGUCACAGGUCUCCACUGCCCCCUGGCCUGUGUCUCUGGGAGAGGGGGCCGGGGUCGUGAAGUUGCCGUCAGGGUGUGUGGGCUUGGGAGCCUGAACCUGCUUCCAGCUCAGGCCUCUCAGGAGAAAAUGGUUCCUCCAGGCCUUCCACCCUUUCCCCACCAGCUGCUUCCUCCCUCUCAGACUCCAGGACUCCUCAUCAGCCUUGACCCCAUGGGGGAGCAUGUGCGCGCGUGUUUGUGUAUGUGUACGUGCGCAUGCGUUUGUGUCACCAACAGCUUCAUUUGUAGAUCUAAAGAAGGGGCUCAGAGGCCAAGGACCAAAGGAAGGGGCACAGGACCCCCUGGGUCAUUUGCCACCCAUCUUGUCCCCACUACCGUACUCUGGGGAAUGGGACACACAACAGGCCCCUGAUGGCCCCAGGAGGACCAUGAAGAAAGGGGAGAAGAGGAGGUGGUAGGGCAGGGGUUUCAGUAGUCCCUCUAGUUUCAGCAAUAAGUAAAUUUGCUCAAGGUGGAGGGGGGCAGUAGGGAUCAAGCUCUCAUUUGCUAAACAACAGGUCUUGGAGGAAGGCAAUUCUAACCAGGGCAAGGAAGUCACAUGCUCCACUACUCCAAUUUUGCAGGCACAACUCUGAAUUGAUUAGCAGGACGAGGCGUUCUUCCCAUCUCUGCUCUCCCCAGGACCAGCUGCCCCCUAUCCUGGAGGCCACAGAAAGGGAAUUGGAUUCAAUCAGCAUUUUUUGUGAGAGGCCCUUAGCCAGGGGCUCCAGCUUCUCUGCAGGACUGCAGGGGAGAGUCCCCUGUGUCUUCUGCUCUCCAACUCUCCCGAGGAAUCCUGCCUUAGUGGGUUGAGGAGGUAGGUGACUACUGCUUCCUAGGGAAAGGAUUAAUCAGACACCCCAGGACAGAGGGCAGAUGGAGGAAAGGGGAUGGAUUUCUUUGCUUGGGACUCAGUUAUCAGUGCCUGCCCCAGCCUGGUCUCUCUCCCCAGCCCCAGGCCCAGACCCAUGUUCCUUGCCUUCCCGGCUUUUAGGAAAUGCCCUCUUCUGUUGCUUGUUCAGUUGCCUCUCUUGGCCCUGUUUCUGUUCAGAGCCCAUUCCCCCAUUCCUGUUCAGAAUCCUUGCGGAGGUGCAAGUUCUCUUGGUCUCGGGGUUGGGAGGACUACAGGAUAUGAGAGUUGAUGAAAGCCCAGGGUUGGGCUGGACUGGGCAAGAGAGAAUUUGGGCUCAGACCCCCAAGGCUAGUGAGGUUGACCCCCACCAGGCUGGUUGCUUUGGAUGACAUCAUCUGACUGCCAGAAGGACCCCGGGAGGACCCAAGCUAGAGGUAUUUCCUUGGAUCAUUUUCACAUUUACUAUUGGAAAACCCUCAUUGAUAGGGUAAGCAGGGUCACCCAGGGGAUGCCAAGGGCUCAAAGUGCAUCACUGAACCAACCUAAGGUCAAAGCUGAUAAUAGCCCUUCGAGCCUCCACACCUGCCUCACCUUUCCAGGCAGAUGAUCCAAUCCUGGCAGCUCAGAAGCUCCCUGUGGCUGGGUGGGGGUGGAGGAUCAAGAAGGUGCCUUUUCAGUGCUGCAAUUCUAUGUCGGCCUUCACCCCCGAGUCCCUCCCCCAGCCAUUCUGAGCUGCCAACCAACUCUUUAUCUUGGUCUUUUCCCAGCCCCAAAUUGGUGCCUCCAGCUUGCUGCCAGUGCUGGGCUCUGCACCGUUCUGUUAGAGAUGCUUGUGUAAUGUUUAGAGUGGAGUGUCAUACCCAGACAACUCUCUGUACUUUUCUUUAGAUUAUUUCUGCUGUGGUUUGCAUUCCGUUCAUGCAUUUUGGCUGAAAAAAUUGUGACUGAGUUAAUUAGCUGGAGGAUUAUUAGCAUGUACAUUUUUGCUUCUCUUUUUCUCUUUCUUUCUCUCCCGUGAUUCAGUUUCACUUUGUAUUUUGUGAAUUUUUAAAGAGCUGGAGACUGUGGAUACGAAAUUCCAAAAUGGGUUUUAUUUUCGAAAAAUGAGAAGUGCCCUUACGUGUCUCUCUCCCUCUCCUAGGGCAGGAAGCAUCUUUGACUUUCUCGCCCAAACUAAAUCCUGUAAUAAAUUUUGCAAUUCAUUUAAAAA